AUGGGGUCAGAACUAAAUUGGAUAAUUGUUUUCACAUCGUGCUUAUGUUUGAUGAAUAAAUUUCAUAUCAUCGAGAGUCAAAUUCUACCACAAGUUAAAUUAUCUAAUUAUUUAUCCAACUUUCCUGCCAUAAAUAAAACACCAAAUUAUGUUUUUUCCCCUUUUAAUUUGGAACUGGCUUUGAGUGUAUUGAACAUAGGAACCCUGGGUUGCAACGCGAGUAUACCGGGCCUGACACCUAGAACAAAUUACUUGGGAAUUCGAAGUAUUGUGAAACUUCUAAAUGAAAUAGAACAAGACGGAAAUUUGACCUUAAAGAUCAAUAAUGACUUGUACGCCAAAUCUGACGUUCAAUUAAAUGAUAUUUAUGUUAGAGUGAUCGAUAAUAUUUUCAGAGCCUCUGUAUACUACGUAGACUUUAAAAAUAAUUUGGCAAGCGUUGUCAGUAUGAUUAACCAAAAAAUAUCCAAUAAUACGAAUGGUUUGAUAGUAGAUUUUAUCAAGCCCGACCAAGUAGAUUCCAACACAGUUCUCCUAUCAGUGAAUUCUCUUUAUUUCAAAGGCACUUGGAAAGAACCAUUCAAUGAAGAAAUGGUAAAGCGCACAUUUUUUGCUGAAUCAGGCCCUAAAGAUAUCGAUAUGUUACAAGGCGUGGAUAUGACACUAUUAAGAGAUUGGAAUGAAUUACUAAAUGCUCAAAUAAUUGUCAAGGAUUAUUUUAAACCAGAUUUCAAGCUAGUUAUGCUAAUACCCAUUGAUGAUACAAUAUCUUUGUCAAUAGUUGAGAAAAAUCUAAUGAAUCACCCAGAGGGUCUUGUUGAUGGAAUUUCUAAGGCUAAAGAAAUUAUUGCAAACCUUUACAUGCCAAAAAUUGAUGAAGAAUUUGAGGUCUCUCUAUUAGAUUUGCCAUCGAAAAAACUUGAUUGCUGGAAAAAGAACGGCAUCGACAAUAUCGUAAAGGGUUCAAGACUGACCAUCACCAAGAUAAAUCACAAAGUGAAAUUGGAAAUCACGGCUGAAGGCUCGGAAGGUGCUGCUGUUGUGGAAUCUAAUAUCGGAUUCAGAAUGAUGUCAACGGAAAUAACAAUGAAUAAACCAUUUUUGUAUUAUAUCAUACAUAAAGAUGGCCCCAUCAUAUUCAAAGGUCGAUUUGCUAACCCUUCUUAA